AUGGCCAUCCUUCAAGCCUUAGACCAUCGCAUCGAGUUUAUAUCCGCAGGUCUCUUUCUCUCUUUAGUUGGAUAUGUAGUCUAUCAACGCUAUUUCCAUCCACUGUCGAAGUAUCCAGGGCCUUUCCUCGCCUCUCUCACCGAUUUGUGGCAAGUUCAUCAAUUCAUGACUUUAAAACAACCCUACGCCCUCACAGAGCUACAUAAGAGAUACGGUUCGAUCGUCCGAUAUGGCCCGGAUAAACUAAGUAUAACCGACGAAGAGUCUAUUAAAGCAAUAUAUCAAUCUGGCGCUCGGUAUAUGCCCAAAACAGAAUUCUAUGAUGCUUACGGGGCAGCUCACCCUAACGUGUUUGGCAUUCGUAAUGAAUCCCUUCACUCCAUACGACGCCGACACAUGUCGCAUAGCUUCUCAACGGGUUACAUGAAAGAAAUGGAACAAUAUUUAGACGCGAAUAUCAAAAUUCUUCGACAGAAAAUUUCAGGUUAUGCCUCUACCAAAGACGCCUUUGACCUCAAAAGGGUAUUACAAUUUUAUGUCAUUGAUGUACUGGGUGAACUAGCCUUCAGUCAGACAUUUGAAGUUCAAACCUCUGAUGAUGAAACUCGUGUCCCACCUGUGGUCGAACAUAGCCUACUUGCAGCAGUGACUGGGGCUUGGCCUAUGAUGACUGAACGAUUGAAGCGGUGGCUUCCACUUAUUCCACACAAGGGUCUACAAGCCUUAUUCAAAGGCCGGCAAGCUUGUGCCGAUCUUGCGUCGCGCUGCGUAGCUCUUCAGUUGAAUGCUGUCAGAUCAAAAGGUUCAACAAAUGACACACCGAAGAGAAAAGACAUCCUCACGAAUUUGAUUCUGGCAAAGCAUCCCGAUACAGGAGAAAGCUUAACCCAAACAGACCUUGAAACUGAAGCAUUUGGAUUCAUUAUUGCGGGUACUCAUACAACCAGUGCCACAACCACAUUACUAUUCUACCACUUGCUACAUAAUCCAGAUUCGAUGGCAAAGUGUGUUACAGAGAUUGACACCAGCUUGUCAAUUUUGCAACCAGAUGAGAGCGCUUAUUCGGUCACUGUAGCUGAGACCUCGCUACCCUACCUUCGAAGCUGUAUGAAAGAAAACUUUCGUAUCACACCAGUUUUUACGAUGCCUCUUGCCAGGCGGGUCAUGAUGCCUGGAGGAGUUACCAUUGCUGAAAACCAUAUUCCCCAAGGAACUUCAAUUGCCGUCUGCAAUCAUGCAUUCCACCACAACCCCGAUGUAUGGGGACCAAAACACAACGUCUUUGAUCCAUCACGAUGGGAAGACAAAGAAAUUGGUAAUAAAUCUCGGCUACUGAUGCACUUUGGAUUGGGCGGUCGUCAAUGCAUCGGGAAGACACUGGCCAUGGCCAACAUCUACAAAUUGAUGAGCACUUUAUUGAGCGAAUUUGAAUUUGAACUGGCCGACAAGGAGGAGGCGAGACGAGCAUCGAAUGGCGAGUUUCGUGGGGAAAUACCUGAGUUGAUCAGUGUCGGAAUUAGUGAUUUGGCUACUUCCUUGAUUGUUCGGGCUCGAAAGCGGGGGAGAUCUCUCUGA